AUGACGAAGGCCAUUGAAAUGGCAGUCGAUGACACUCGAUUCGUCUUCAGUAUGACACCAUAUUAUUUGCGACUCAGAUUACCAUAUGCAUGUAUUGAUGAUGAAAGAAGUAAUGCUACAUAUGAUGCUUCCAAUGAAGUAGUUGCCAUCAAACUUCCAAAAGCUGUUAAAGGACAACACUUUCCAGACUUGGACUUGUCUGCAAAGUUGCUUGCAAGAGCUCCACCACAAAAAACAGGACCUUUGAUUGAAGAGAUGCAGCCAAAUACAACAGAGCCUACAAACGAAAGAACUAGUAAUGAUUCUACUGCUGUGCUAGCAGAAGAAGGUACAGCCUUCAACUGGGAAAUUGAACAAGAAACACCAUUAGAACUACUUGGUGAAUCGAAAGAAGUUCAAGAUAAAUCCAUUACUCUUGAACCUUCAAAGUACGGAUUCUGUAACCAAUACAGCGAUAUUGUUGGAGUUUCUGUGGCCAACGGAAAUGAUAUUAACGACGUAAGUGAUCCCGAGCAUACUUCAUUUAAUGACCGUGUGAGUGAACGUAUUUCCAAAGAGAAUUGGAAAUUUGAUCCUGAUAGUUACGUAUCAGAAUACCUACUGUCCAAAUAUCCAUCUCCUGAGGAUGGUGAGUAUCUAUACGCUCUGAUAAUGUCAUGGAAGUCACCAGUAACUAAGACAUUUCUCACAUGGUAUAAACUGGUACAACAAAUUCCGAUAGACAAAAGACCUCAAAUAAUGCCUGUUGAAUUCACUAAGGAAGAACAAGAUCGUAUGCUUGAUUUACCUCGUCGAUCACUCUUGAUUGAACCUAAUAAUCUACAAUCAAUAUUACUAACUAUUACUAGCAUACUUUUCGCGUACCAUUUUGAACAACGGGAGAAUGAAGGCGACCAUACAAUUGAAAGUGCAUGGACCAUUGGUAUUCUUACACCACAAAUUGCAAGUCUUGAGAGUCAACUCAUUGAAAUGCCAAACAAUUCCAAUAAAAACCUACUUCAAGCUGCAAUCGUCGCCUCCAUUAGAAGGGCCCUCAGCUACCCACUUCAUCGCAACUACGACCUAUGUAUGAAAGUGUGGGACGACGUUUACUAUAAUAUCAGAGGAGGUAAAAGAUCGAUCCUCAAGUCACUUUUAGAUAUUCGUGAACUCUUCCGAGUCCACGAUGUUCUUUACGUAUAUGAUCGUAUUUGGCUUCAAGACUUAUGUCUCUUUAUCAUGAGUGACAGCGUUAGCGAAAAUAACGUACGUGCACUCGCACACGAUCUCAAGAAGCAAUAUUCUCAAAUCACCAAGAAUGACAUCGUUUUCGAAAAGCUCCGACUCGAAGACCUGGAUGAAGAAAUGGAUACUAAUGAAGAGGCGGUUGAAAUAAAAACGGGGUAUGAUGUGUGGAGUGUAGCUGAACUUGAACAAUUGGCAGAAGCAAGCUAUUCCGAUAUGCACAACAGCUAA